AUAGUGGUUUUGGUGAUGUGUUGUCCUGUGUCUACGUUAUUAAAAAUAAUCGCAGUCACACGACGUAAUUAUACUCGUAACAAUUUAAAUGUUGUUUUCCAUUAGUCGGACGAGUUGAAUUUGCAUUAUCGUUCGGCACACGUAUACAUGACAUUGACGGUACUCAACCGUCGUAUUCAACCAUCGCCAGACACUGGACAGAAGACACUGUUAUGAUAUUAUUUGAGUACAGGUAAAUUUUUUAAGUAUCCACAAUACUCAUACCGAUCAUCAUGUUUCGUAGUAAAUUCCGACUUCAUACGUGCAAAAUUAUCAUUGCCACAUCUUUGCUAUGGAUAUUUAUCGAUAUCAUAGUCCUGAUGUACUACACCGAUUGCAUUGGACCCAAUUGCAAAACGAAAACCACAAACACUGCAGACAGUGCAGAUGAACAAUUCGAUGUAACCGCUGCUCAGAGAAUGGGAUGGGGCUCAGUACAGGAAAACAUGUUGCAACGUUUCAAACAAAAUCAAGACGAAAACAUAAAUGACGUCACAUAUCCCAAUCAUCUGCUCAAGCGUUGGAAACCAAUGCCACCUGUACGUGAAAAACAUGGAAAACAUGGCGAAGGAGGCCGCGGUGUGAUGAUGAAACCUGAACAAGAAGCACUUAUGAAACAAAAAUUCAAGGAAAACCAGUUCAACAUUUUAGCUAGUGAUAUGAUCUCAUUGAAUCGGUCUUUACAAGACAUACGACAAGCGGACUGCAAAACAAAACGGUAUCCUUCAUUGAUGCCAACCACUUCUAUUGUAAUUGUAUUUCACAACGAAGCUUGGUCCACACUUUUGAGAACAGUUUGGAGUGUCAUUAACCGAUCACCUCGAUCCUUACUGAGAGAAAUUUUAUUGGUAGAUGAUGCCAGUGAAAGAGGUAACUAAAUUUGUAAUGACUAUAUGCUCAUGAAUAAAAAACCAUGUUUUCAAACAUUUUAGAUUUUUUGGGGAAAAAAUUGGAAGAUUAUGUAGCCACUCUUCCUGUAGAAACUAAAGUAUUACGAACGGAAAAACGUUCUGGGUUGAUUAGAGCUAGAUUACUUGGUGCUAAACAUGUAAAAGGUGAAGUAAUAACUUUUUUGGAUGCACAUUGUGAAUGUGCUGAUGGUUGGCUUGAACCACUUUUAGCUAGAAUUGUAUUAAAUAGGUAGGUAUAUUUAAUUAAUUUGUUAUAUGUCCUUUGUUUUUUACUUUUUUUACAUUUUCGUUUUUAGGAAAACUGUUGUUUGUCCAGUAAUUGAUGUUAUAUCGGAUGACACUUUUGAAUAUGUUACUGCAUCUGAUAUGACUUGGGGUGGAUUUAAUUGGAAACUGAAUUUUAGAUGGUAUGUGAUAAAUAGUAAGUGUAUGUUAGCUUUACUUAGUUAAAUUUAAAUUAUAGGUACAGAGUCCCACAAAGAGAGAUGUCUCGAAGAAACAACGAUCGUACAGCACCAUUAAGAACACCUACUAUGGCUGGAGGAUUAUUUUCCAUUGAUAAAGAUUACUUUUAUGAAUUGGGUUCAUACGAUGAAGGCAUGGAUAUUUGGGGUGGUGAGAAUCUUGAAAUGUCAUUCCGUGUAAGUUAUAUGUACUAUAAAUUAGUAUACAAUUUAAAAAAAAAUUAAAUUAGUAAGCAACGUUAUUUGAAACAUGAUUAAUUUCCAUGCUGAUAUUUAAAGUACAGAGAAGUUGUGAAGUACAGUGUUUGAUAUGGAAAUUACAUGUAUAUUAUUUACAACAAAAAAUUUAGUUUGGGGGAAAAAGUAGUUGAUAUGGAUAUUUCUAGGUGUGGCAAUGCGGCGGUACACUGGAAAUAAUACCGUGUUCGCAUGUAGGUCAUGUAUUUCGUGACAAGUCACCAUACUCGUUUCCGGGAGGCGUUUCAAAAAUUGUAUUGCAUAACGCUGCUCGCGUUGCUGAGGUUUGGAUGGACGAAUGGCGAGAUUUCUAUUAUGCGAUGAAUCCAGGUAUAGGAUGAUAUAAUGUCUCCUGUGAAAAUUUGUUGUGCUUUUCUAAAUUUACUAACAAGAAACAACUAUCUAACCCAAUAUAAUGCUUGCCGGAUCAAAAAUAUUGAAUAUUCUCAUGUACCUAUUAUAUACAUAUUAAUAAUUUUUUAAAAAAAAUAUAUAUAUAUAUAUAUGUAUACAAAAAUGAUAUGGUUUAUAUAGUUCUCUGUAUAUUACCAUGUGUGACUUUUACAGGGCUUACUAAUUGUUAAUACCAUUUUUAUGAUUGUGUAUCACAAUGAUUUUAUAAAAUAAAGUUAGAAUAUUAUAAUUAUAAUGGUUCUGUGUGGUGUGUGUGUGUGAGUGUGUUAACAAUAUGUUUAUACAUACAUUUAUUUUAUUCAUAUAUCAAUCUUCAAGAAUUUUCUUUCAAAAUUAUUUCUAUUGAAACGAUCACUCAUAGAUUUGGAUGUGCGGCGGCAUGUUGGAAAUAUCGCCGUGUUCGCACGUUGGUCAUGUUUUUCGAAAGUCCACGCCUUACACCUUCCCUGGUGGCACAUCACACAUAGUCAACCACAACAAUGCGCGCCUCGCCGAAGUCUGGAUGGAUGAGUGGAAACAUUUUUACUACGCCAUAAAUCCAGGUACCCCUUCUCUCCUCCCAUCAUGAUUGAAAAUGUUUCAAGCACAACCACUACCACCUUCACAUUUUGUGAUUUUUACUAAUUUUUUUUUUUUUUUAUAUAUAUAUAUAUACAUCUUAUCCACGCCCUUAGCACAGUAUGUAGUUUUGAAUGAAUGUUUUAUUUAUUUUUCAGACCUUGAAACACACAAUUUUAUAAUUUUGUCAAAACGUUGUUUUGCCAUAUUCUAUUUAGAUUUUUUUUUUAAUUAUGCAUAUAUAACAAAUAACAUGUUUAUAAAUUUAAAAAUAUAAACAAAUCUUAUGUAUAUAUCAAAACCAGAGUUUGGAAUGUUGUCCUUCCACUUGUUUAUAUUGUAUAGUAUCUAUAUAUUAGUUGUGUAAUUAAAUUAUGUAUAUAAUUUUAAUAAUAAUAAUAAAUAAUAUUAGAUAAAAUUAGUUUUGCUUGCAUUUUAAAUUGUAUAAUCAUUACUUAACUAACAGAAUUAUAGUUUAUUAAAGUUAAAUUUGUGCAUGAUGUUCACUGACCACAUUAUUGUCUUCUAAUCAAACUAAUUAUUGUUUUUAUUUGCAUUUUCAUAGUAUUGAUAAUAUUGUUCAAUGCUGAUAAAUGACAAAUUUCAAAUGUAUUAUGUUUUUAAAUGACUAUAGGUGCAUCUAAUGUUGAAGUUGGAGAUGUUUCUGAUCGUUUGGCCUUGAGGGAUAAAUUGAAGUGCAAGUCUUUCCGUUGGUACUUGGAAAACAUUUACCCCGAGUCCCAAAUGCCGCUUGACUAUUAUUAUCUUGGAGAAGUGAGAUUUUUUAAAAUGUCAUAUUUGUUUAACAACCAAUUGAUAUUUAAUAAUGUUUGUCACUAAAUUUGCAGAUAAAAAAUAUUGAAACUCAACAGUGUCUUGAUACAAUGUCACGCAAAAGUGGUGAAAAAGUGGGCAUGAGUUACUGCCAUGGUCUUGGUGGCAAUCAAGUAUAGUGAUGAUUUAAUUUUAUGCCUGUAAUACUAUUUAUUUAUUGCUAAAUAUUUUGAUCAUGGUAGGUGUUUGCUUAUACUAAACGAUCACAAAUCAUGUCUGAUGAUAAUUGUCUGGAUGCCUCUAAUAUUAUUGGACCUGUUAAUCUGAUAAGAUGUCAUGGUCUAGAGGGUAAUCAAGCAUGGGUCUAUGAUUCAAAGGUAAUUUAGCUGAAUAUUUAUUUGCAUUAAUGAUGGAAUAACCCCCUGAUUCCACUUUGAAUUCAAUAAAAACAUCUUUUAGUUAUUCAAGGUUAAUUAUUCAAAUAAUCUAUACUUAAAUGGCCUAGCUUAUAACAUCACUGUUUUUCAAUGAUAUACAUUUCUAAAUAUAAAUAUUGUAUUAUUAUUUAACUAAAUAAUACAUUUAUAUUCAGGAAUUGACAAUAAAACAUAAAACUACUGAUCAAUGUCUGGAACAUUCAAUGUCUACCGAUCAAUAUGUUGCCAUAUUAAGUGAAUGUGAUGGAUCACGUAGCCAACAAUGGACAAUGAAGAGUAAUUUUCACUGGCAAGCCAGCUCAAGAUAACGUAAUCUAGUUUUUUAUAAUCAAGUGUUUAAAUAUUUGGGGAUCAAAAUAUUUACAUCUUAUGAACAAAUAAUUCUACUUAAAUUGAUACAAAAAUCUAAAAUAUCACCAAACUAAAGAAUGUAUUACAAUCCAUGACAAUUUUUUUCUCUACUUGGAGAAUACUUAUUUUAUUUGUGUAAAAUAUUAAUAUUAUUACUUAAUGCUCUUUAAAGAAGGAACUAAUUUUUUUUAAUGAAAAAAAAAAACCAUUUGGUGAAACACUUGUGAUAUUUACAUAUGAUUUAGGUUAUAAUUAUUAUAUAAUAUUUUGUAUAAAAAUAAAAUAAUAUAACAUAUAUAUAAUAUAAUUUCUAUUCCAUUUCUAAAAAAAAAUUUCAAUAUAAUAUCUACUUAAAACUGUUAUGUACAAACCAGUUAUAAAUGUUCCAUUCAUCUUUAAUAAUUAUAUAAUAAUAAUAGAUAGAACAUCCAUCAUAUUCACUUUAGUUAUAAAUGCUCAAAAAUUAUAUCCCAUAUAGAAUUAUAAACAAAAUAUUAGAAGUUUUCUAACAAUUAACAAUGUACAGAUUGUGUGUUUGUGUUAUAACUUAAUAAAAAAAAGACAAUACAACACUAAAUAUAAUUUUGUCUAAACAAAAAUGUAUUUAUCUUUCACAUAAUUUGGCCCCCUAACUGUGUGUACAUAUAAAUAUACAUAUAUAUAAAAUACUUGCAUAUAGGAUAAAUUUAUAUGAGCUUUAUAAUUUUAAAUUCGAAAUUGACUGAUCUGAUUAAUUUAUAUUGUAUCCAAUAGAUUUCAAAAAUCUCUUUUUUUUAAUAUCCAAUUAAUAACAGAAUAUUAAUAAUUCACAUUUUAUAUAGCAUUAAAAGGAUUAUGUUAAUAGAUCUUAUAUUAAAAGUCAACUAGUGUGUUGAUUAUUAUUCAAUUAAAUUUAAAUAAUAUUUUCAUGAUUUUAAUUUACUCUUUCAUUAAAAAAAUAAAAACCUAUUUAAUCAAAUUCUUCUAAAACACUUUAUUUUUAAUCAUUUUCUUUUUAAAAAAAACUGUUAUACUAUUUAUUAUACUUAUUAUAGAUUUAAUAUACUUAUUUUUGUACUAAUUAGAAAUUGUGUCAUUUUAAUAUUUUCUAAAUGCCAUGACAACUAUUUAUGAAACAAAAAAAGAACAAAAUGUGUAAAUCACUUGUUUGUUUCAAAUGCACUAUUUUAUAAUGUCAAUGUAACAAAUUUUGAAAAUGUAUUAUUCCUUUUCAUCUUAAAAUUAAAAGGACAAAACAAAACAAAUUAUAUAAAGAAAUAAUUGGAAAUUAUAUUAUAAAUACCUUGUUUUAAAAUUUUCAUAGAUUUAUAAUAAUAAUAUAUAUAUAUAUAUAUUAAUGUAUAUACAAAUAUAUACAAUUAGUUAAACCUCAGUCAUUUUUAUUUUAUUUUUUUUUUUUUUUUAUAAUUGUUUUUAUUAUUAUUAUUUCAGUGUCUUUUUAUUUGUAUAUUUUCUUGACAUCUUUCGGUUUUUGUACUGUGCUGAUAUAAAUAGUAUAUAUGCUAUUUAAAUUGGCCUAUUUACAAUUAUAAUAAAUACUAUUAUAAUUAAACUCAGUUACUUGGAAAUGAUAAUACCUAUAAAAAAAAAUUAUGUUUUCGGAUGUGACGUGAAUAACCUUUUAAGACUUCAGUUAUGACAAUGAUGGCAGGUUUUUUUAAAUUUUUUAAAUGAACAACAGCAUUGUUUCAAAUGAGCAUCAUUAUAAUGACUAAAAGCCGAAAGAUGUCGAUUAAAGCAAUAUCUAUAUAUUUUUUUUUUUUUAUCUACCAUGUACGUUUUUGUUUCUAUGAUAUAUACCUCACGUUCACAGAAUGUGAUUAUUUUUUUAGUUAACCAACCAUUAACAUUAUGUGCAAUCAGAUAAUAUUAUUAUACAGAUCCCAAGUCAAAUUAUUAUGUUUUGUAUUUAUUAUUUUUAUAUAAGUUUUUUUUUUUUCAAUUUUGAUUAUAUCUAGUAUUAUCAUUAUGUGUUGUUUAUUAUUUGUAUUAGCCUAUAUUAUUAUUUUAUACACAAGAAAUAAAUCAAAUCGCAUCAGAGCCAUUGAUGCAUCUUUAUUAUUAUCAAUUAGUUUUAGAUAGAUAAAUCUUCAGUAUUUUUAAUUUUAUUAUUAUAUUUUUUUGUUAAACGUGAUACAGUUUUGAUCAGCUAUAAUUAAAUUUUAUAUUUAAAACAAAAUAUAAU